ACUUGCGAUGGAUGGGCUUUAUCGCACUCUGUCAGAAUGUGACCUACGCUGUUGAAGGAAUGUCGGAGGGAAGUGCAACUUCGCUAGCCAGCUCCGAGGUCUUACCUGAGUGUAGUCAUCAACAGUUAAUUCCAUAUGCUGACACGACAUCUGGCGACUCGCUUUACGAGAUUCUUGGACUUCCGAAGACAGCCACCGGAGAUGAUAUUAAAAAGACUUACCGGAAACUCGCACUCAAAUACCAUCCCGACAAGAACCCGGACAAUGUCGAUGCGGCUGAUAAGUUCAAGGAAGUAAACCGGGCCCACUCGAUACUAAGCGACCAGACGAAGCGAAAUAUAUACGACAACUAUGGCUCUUUGGGCUUGUACAUAGCGGAGCAGUUUGGCGAAGAAAAUGUCAACGCAUACUUUGUGGUCACGUCCCCGGCUGUAAAGGCGGUGGUUAUCUGCUGUGCUGUGAUCACUGGAUGCUGUUGUUGCUGCUGCUGCUGCUGCUGUUGCAACUUCUGCUGCGGCAAGUUCAAGCCGCCGGUUAACGAGUCCCACGAUCAGUAUGCACAUCUGAAUCGCCCCGAUGGCAAUCGAGAAGGCAACGAUAUGCCACCGCAUAUGGGACAGCCGCCACGCCUUGAGGACGUUGACCUCGACGACGUAAACUUGGGUGCGGGUGGAGCCCCCGUGACCUCACAGCCGCGCGAACAGGCCGGAGGACAGCCUGUUUUUGCAAUGCCCCCGCCUAGCGGAGCCGUGGGAGUAAACCCUUUCACUGGCGCUCCUGUAGCAGCUAACGAGAAUACAUCGCUUAACACAACGGAGCAGACCACUUACACGCCAGGUAUAUAAACAGUAGGUCCAGAAGUCAACCUCACAGCCAGCCUCCGCCAGUUUGGCAAUCCGACAAAACGUCUUUGACCAUCGAACUUGUUAUUGUGCAUAUAUCGAACAAAAAUAGUAAUCUUCGGUCGCUGGAUAGGUGGCGUAGGCAUUCAGUCUCCAAUCGACAUAUGCCGUCCAGCGAUCAGAUCAACACCUCCUUAGCAGUAAGCUCGGUAUUUUUUAAAAACUUCCUGUACAUGAGACCUUACACAUGCGCAGGCAUGAACAUGAGAUCCAUUAACAUAGACCUGCAUGCUGAAUCGCUUUUUCACACACUGCCCGAGCUGCGAGGCGACCAAUGGCUAGAUGGAUUGACUCAGCCUUGCGGGGUCUCAGGUCUGCGACAGCCGUACUCAAGUCCCCCAUUUUAAGUAACUCCUUUCAAGAUCGUUUUCAAAGCUCUCGCAAAUUAAAUUAAAUCUUUGUUUACCUUUUGGAUGAUUUUGGAUUGCCAUUGUUUCAUGAAUGAUUCAAGACAUAUAAAAUGAAUGUAGCUUAAGUUUGACGAAUUUUGAUUUUAUUGUUUGUUAUGCAACGCGUAAAUUUUGAUUUCAUUUCACUUAUCACUAUCUACCUCUCUCUCCCUCUCUCUUCACCUUUAGAUAUGGUUAAUCAAAAAUAUUAGUCGAGUGCUGCGAGCGAGUCAAAACCCGGGUGCUUGCGUACACUACACAUUCAGAUACAGACACAGAAAAUACAAGCCCCUAAAUUGUAACAGAAGAGAAGACCAGAUUUAUUUCAUAAAUAUUAGUGUUGUUUUUAAGAUGCGCGAUAUGUUGAAGCGAGUAAACAUAGAAACCAAUGUAUUUAUUUUAAGCCGUAGCACUUAGCUCUAAUUUUAAACAAUCGAACUUCGUGGCGGCCUCCAGACCAGUCAUGUUGACUUUGGUCCACUUCGGGCAAUCGAUUCACUAAUUCCAUUGUUUAAGCCAUGCAUCUAGCCUUGCAGCUAUACACAACUCGAAUCGAUAGACAAGCCGCGCAGCCACCAUCUAAAAACCAUGUUAAAAACACCGAAACAAACACGAAGCGGUGUAAAAUUGUAUAUCGGAAGUUAGUCUAGACAUUUGCUUGGCGAUCGGAUCCCUUCCGGCUUGGGAUUCAGCCGCUGUGGACAAUGAAUCCACUUCUCGCGAAGAGAGGCACUGUAAUUAUAUAUAUGUAUAUGAUAUGUGUAUCUAGUUUGCAUUUGUGUCGUCGCCUAGUCUAGCUUAAUUGUUCGCGAGAUUGUCGAUCACCGAUUGUUUCUGUUAAUUUGCACUAAAUUGUUAAAGCCAGAACUACUUAUGUAAAAAGGAUGAUUUGUCGAGCGACGCGCCCAGCAGAUUGCUCCGAUCCGAUUUUAAUGCAAAUGUAAAUACGAGUUAAACAAUUAAGCAUCAAACAGUCAAACAGAGGAGGACGAAGAAGGAGACACUGUGAAGGGCGAAAUAAUAAACGGAAAGAUAAAUUAUAUAACAGAUAUUAAUAAUCCCCUAUAUAUAUAUAUAUAACAAUUAAAUACGAGUAAUCAAAAGUUGAAUUGUAACCUCCAAAAGUAUUGCACAUAUGUAUGUAUUCAUAAUUUUUUCGAAAUUGAAUUGAAUCUUUAUAAUUUUUGUUUAAUUGUUAACCCGCUUUUAAUUGUAAAUGAAUGCGAUUAGUCCAGCAGUAAUUAACUUUUAUAUAAUAGUAUCCCAAUUUAAACCAUUAACAUCAAUUACUGCGGAUCAGCUUUGGGCCAGGAUAAAAGUCCUUGGGAUCUAGAUCCUAGGCUCCGACUUUCGAUGGUUCAUCAAUAGCAUGAACACGCAUACAUAUAUGAAAUUUAAUUAUUGAUUAAAUAUUACGGUCUUGCGUGUGUAUUUAUUGUUCGUACAAGUAAAAGCAAAAAUACUUAGUAAACUAAAUAUAAACCUAACAAUUGUUUCCAAAUUUCAAUUGUAUUCUGGUCUAACACAAAGAAGCCGAAAUAAAUUUACUAUACAAACUCA